CCCGGACGUCCUGCGCACGCCCGGAGCAGCUCGUCCCGGAGAUUUGCUGCCAGUUCAAUCGAAGCCUCCCACUUAGUGCAUUCCAAACUUGGGCAGUGCAUUCGUUGUUUCAUUUCAACACUGUGAUUAUAUUAUAAGUGAUUACAUGCAAUUAACCGACCUUGUAAACGACUGGAUUUAUGAGGAAGAUCUUAAUUGUUGAAAUCGCGUAAUCAAAACCAAAAUGGGUAAGGAAAAGACGCACAUUAACAUCGUCGUAAUCGGCCACGUCGAUUCUGGAAAGUCGACCACCACCGGCCACUUGAUCUACAAGUGCGGUGGUAUCGACAAGCGUACCAUCGAGAAGUUCGAGAAGGAGGCACAGGAAAUGGGCAAAGGUUCAUUCAAGUAUGCUUGGGUUUUGGACAAGUUGAAAGCAGAACGCGAACGAGGUAUUACUAUCGACAUCGCCCUGUGGAAGUUCGAGACCGCUAAGUAUUAUGUCACCAUCAUUGACGCACCCGGUCACAGAGAUUUCAUCAAGAACAUGAUUACUGGAACUUCCCAAGCUGAUUGCGCCGUUCUGAUCGUGGCGGCCGGUACUGGAGAGUUUGAAGCUGGUAUCAGCAAGAAUGGACAGACGCGUGAGCAUGCUCUGCUUGCUUUCACGCUCGGCGUGAAGCAGCUGAUCGUAGGCGUCAACAAGAUGGAUUCCACCGAACCUCCGUACCACGAGGCACGCUAUGAAGAAAUCAAGAAGGAAGUUUCUUCUUAUAUCAAGAAGAUUGGCUACAACCCGGCGACGGUGGCUUUCGUGCCCAUCUCGGGCUGGCACGGCGACAACAUGCUGGAACCGUCCGACAAGAUGCCCUGGUUCAAGGGGUGGACCAUCGACCGCAAGGACGGCAAGGUCGAGGGCAAAUGCCUCAUCGAGGCUCUGGACGCGAUCCAGCCUCCCUCUCGUCCCACCGAGAAGCCUCUCCGGCUGCCUCUACAGGACGUAUACAAGAUUGGAGGUAUCGGUACCGUGCCCGUCGGCCGAGUCGAGACAGGCAUACUAAAGCCGGGCAUGGUGGUCGUAUUCGCGCCGGCCGCCAUCACCACCGAGGUGAAGUCCGUAGAGAUGCACCACGAGGCCCUCCAGGAGGCCAUGCCCGGAGACAACGUGGGCUUCAAUGUCAAGAACGUAUCGGUGAAGGAGUUGCGGCGCGGCUACGUGGCCGGAGACUCCAAGAACUGCCCGCCUAAGGGAGCCUCCGAUUUCACUGCACAGGUGAUAGUGCUGAACCACCCGGGGCAGAUCAGCAACGGGUACACGCCCGUGCUGGACUGCCACACGGCGCACAUCGCGUGCAAGUUCGCCGAGAUCAAGGAGAAGUGCGACCGCCGUACCGGCAAGACUACUGAAGUGGAGCCGAAGUCGAUCAAGUCCGGAGAUGCGGCCAUCGUGACGUUGGUCCCGACCAAAGCGCUCUGCGUCGAGUCGUUCCAGGAGUUCCCUCCGCUCGGCCGCUUCGCCGUGCGCGACAUGCGCCAGACCGUCGCCGUCGGCGUCAUCAAGAGUGUAACCUUCAAGGAGGUUACUACAGGCAAAAUCACCAAGGCCGCCGAGAAGGCCCAGAAGAAAAAAUAACUAUGGGGCACUUCAACGAACAAAUCGCAGCUGGUAGCCAUCUCCCGCAGCGCUGCGAGCCCCUCACCCUCAACCUCUUCCCCUACCAGACUUAUCCCCAAGCCCGGCUUCCUCUCGAUUCCCGAGGCACCCCUUCUUCCAACCCACACUC